AUGGGCAUGAAAGAGCUGCCCAUCACCCCUCGUGGAAUCUUCUGGCAAGAAGACUUUAUCACGCCCGAACACGAGCAGCAACUAAUCUCCAUCUUCCGGCAUGAACUAAAGUGGCCCGACCGCAGCGGGCGCACAUCUCUCCACUACGGCUACACAUUCGAUUACAAGACUUUCGGAGUAGACCCCGAGAUACCCUAUAAGGAGUUUCCAGACUGGUUGAAGCCUCUGCUUCCCACGACGGAGUCCCGUCCCCCAGACCAGGUCUGUCUACAGUAUUAUCCUCCGGGAAGUGGCAUCCCACCUCAUGUAGAUGCGCACCUGGCGUGGGAUCAGCUGUAUGCGCUGUCGCUGGGUGCGCCGGUCUUGAUGCAGUUCCGGAAGGGCAAGACGGAGGAGCGUAUUGAUGUGGAUUUGACCCCGCGGACGAUGAUGGCGAUGGUGGGGGAUGCGAGGCUUCAUUGGACGCAUGGGAUCAAGAAGCGGAAGACGGAUACCUUACCCGAUGGCUCGGUGAGGCUGAGGGAGGAUAGGUGGAGUCUUACGUAUCGAUGGCUUCGGAAUGGGGAGUGUGAGUGUGGGAAUGUUGAACUCUGUGAUGUUGCUCAGAGACGGAAUGGUAUUGAGAAGGAGAAGAGGUCGUUGAAGCAGUUAGCUGAGGAGAGUGCCGGGAAGACUGCUUCUGAAUGA